AUGGGUUCCAUCGCUCCUCAUGUUGCUGAACUUGAUGGCUCUAACUUCAACAUCACUCGCUCUACCCACCUGCGCGAUGUGCCUCUCCCCGGUUCCCCUGAGGAACUGAGCCACUCCCACUGUACUGACCACAUGGUCACCGUGCGAUGGACCGCGGCCAAGGGCUGGGAGACUCCCGAGGUCAAACCCUACCAGAACCUCAGCAUCCCCCCAACAGCCUCGGUGCUGCACUAUGCCACCGAGUGCUUCGAGGGCAUGAAGGUGUACCGCGGAUACGACGGCAAGCUUCGUCUCUUCCGCCCCGAUUGCAACGGCGAGCGUCUGAACAACAGCUCCCAGCGCUCCUCCUUGCCAGGAUUCAAGUAUGACGAGCUGAAGAAGCUCGUUGCCAAGCUGCUGCAGAUUGACGGCCCCCGCUGGCUCCCUAACCCAGGCUCAUUCCUGUACAUCCGUCCCACUGUCAUCGGCAAUGGUCCCCACCUGGGUGUCCAAGUGCCAAAGGAAGCCCUCCUGUUCAUCAUUGCCGUCCCGUGGCCCGACUUCACCAAGAUGCCGAAGGACCCCCAGCAAGCCCCCAAGAAGGGCCUGAAGCUGUUCGCCUCCUCGCCGGAUACUAUCCGCGCCUGGCCCGGCGGUUUCGGCUACGCCAAGCUCGGCGCCAACUACGGUCCUUCUCUGCAGGCUCACGGCCAGGCCCAGGCUCAGGGCUUCGAUCAGAUCCUCUGGCUGUUCGGACAGGAUCGCCAGGUCACCGAGGCUGGCGCUAGUAACUUCUUCAUUGUCUGGCACAAUGCUGAUAAUGGCAAGCUGGAGCUUGUUACUGCUCCUCUGGAUAACCAGCUUAUUCUGCCUGGUGUAACCCGCCGCAGUGUUUUGGAGCUUGUUCGUGAAAGACUGUCUAAGGGCCCUGUUGGCCAGCUUGCGCCUCUUGAGGCUGUUGAGCGGACUUUGACUAUUGGUGAUAUUGAGAAGGCUUCUAAGGAGGGCCGUAUCGUUGAGUCUUUUGUUUCUGGCACUGCUUACUUCAUUACCCCGGUUGCCAUGAUCCGCAAUGAAAACACUGAUAUAAGCACCCUCGGUGUCAAUGAUGAGCCUGCUGGUUACGCUACCCUGAUUAAGUCAUGGCUCGAGGCCAUUAUGUUUGGAAAGGUAGAGCACGACUGGGCUUACACCAUUGAGGAGGAGAAGCAAUAG